AUGACUCUUCCCACCGACCUCGAACCGCUUCCGCUCGAUCUCCGACAAUUCAUCAGAGCGCUCAUUCUCGUUCCUCGCUUGAUCGUUCUUGCCGUCGUGUGCGUCGUGACCUGGAUUUUAUCGGUCGCCAAGAUUUUGGCCACAUUCAUGCUCAAUGCGUAUCUCGGGGCGCCGCGUCGCACGCUGAUUUCGCGCUGCAAGGACGCGGACCGUCGCGUCUGUUUCGUCCACGACUGGCUCACCAUGAGACACAACGAAGAUUCCACAGUCGUUUAUCCCGACUGGUUCAUGCGUUGGCAUCGCUGGCACUUGAAGUGCGUGCACUUCGCGGCCAAGGCGGCGCUCUUCUCGCUCGGAUACCUCAGAGUACACAUAACCGGCGAACCACGGGAGUCGACGCUGCUGUUCGUCUGCAAUCACAGAGGAAUCAUCGAUACAUUGGUUUUGAGUUUCGUCCUCGACGAGGUGCCGUACUUUGUCAGUGGCGCGGGAAUUCUCAAUCUACCUUUCCUCCGCGAAGUCGCGUUGAGCGCGGAUUGUUUCGUCGUCGAGCCGGCGAUGAAAAACGUCGGGGUAGAUAUGCUGCGAUCUGUGCUGCUCAACGCGCGCGCUCGAGCCAAUGAAAAUGGUUCGAAGACGGGUGCUCGUCGUCGCAUAGUUCUCUUCCCCGGCGGAGAGCCCGAAAUCGGAUGCGAAAUCACUCGCUGGCACCAUCCGAAGAGCUUUGAAAUCGUCGCGCCCCGCUUCAUGGGCGCCAUUUCUCUCACGUUCGAGGGUCCCGGUCACUUUUCACCCAGUUGGGUCACCGGUCUUCAGGAUCUCUUCUACAUCAUCUUCACUCUGGCGAGAAUUCCGAGCAAUCGCUGCCGCGUUCGCUUCCUCUCGCCCGUGCCGUCGCCGUCGUCGAGCGAGUCCGUCGCUUUGUCCGCCGACGUCAUGGAGCGGUACCGUCUCGAGAUCGCUCGCGCGCUCGAGCUCCCGAUUCUCCUCGACGACGGCUCUCGAAUCAUGCCCCACCUCGAGCGCGCCGCGCGUUGA